AUGGCGCAGGCGGCGCAGGCGGUUCUGGGGACCAAGGAGAAGAAGGUGGUCGACGUGCACACGCACAUGUACCCGCCAGAGUAUGUCCGCAUCCUCGAAUCACGGACCACCAUUCCGCUAGUCCGGAGCUUCCCGGGCGCACCGGACCCGCGUCUAAUUCUACUCCAGGCCGAGGUGCCGUUGCUCGACUCGGCCGCCGCCGCCAAAUUGGGGCAAGACACCGCUGCUGCCCCUGCAAUACCCGGCCGGCCAUUGACGCGCCACUACGCGAGCCUGGAGCAGAAGCUUCACUUUAUGGACACGCACGGCAUCGACAUCUCAGUGCUCUCCCUCGCGAACCCCUGGCUGGACUUUGUCGACGCCGCCUCGGCGGGCGACGUGGCCCAGUCCAUCAACGCCGAGUUCGCGCACAUGUGCUCGCAGCACCCGGGCCGGCUCUACUUCUUCGCCACCCUCCCGCUCACGGCCCCACUCGCCACCGUCCUGGCGUCCAUCAAGCACGUGCAGGCCCUGCCGCGCUGCCGCGGCGUCAUCCUCGGCACGUCCGGGCUCGGCCAGGGCCUCGACGACCCGGCGCUGCUGCCCGUCUUCGCCGCCGUCGCAGCCGCCCGGCUCCCCGUCUUCCUGCACCCGCAUUACGGCCUUCCCAACGACGUGUGGGGCCCGCGCGCCGCCGAGUACGGCCACGUGCUGCCCCUCGCGCUCGGCUUCCCCAUGGAGACCACCAUCGCCGUGACGCGCAUGUUCCUAGCGGGCGUCUUCGACGCGGUGCCCGCGCUGCGCAUGUUGCUGGCCCACAGCGGCGGCACGCUGCCCUUCCUGGCCGGCCGCAUCGAGAGCUGCGUGCUGCACGACGGCCACCUGCUACGCGAGGGCCGCCUCGGCCCCGCCCGCCGCACCGUCUGGGACGUGCUGUCCACCCAAAUCUACCUCGACGCCGUCGUCUACUCACCCGUCGGCCUCAGGGCCGCCGUCGACGCCACCGGCGCGGACCGCCUCAUGUUUGGGACCGACCACCCCUUCUUCCCGCCUCUCGCCAGCGACGAGCAGGGCCCCUGGGAGAGCGUCAGCCUCAACGCCGCUGCCGUAAGCGCCGCGCUCGCCUCCGCCGCCGAUGCGGAUGCCGUCAUGGGCGCCAAUGCCGUGCGCGUGCUGCGGCUGUACGAGGGAGACGAAGUCGACGAGGUGGCGGCGUAA